GAAAAGGGUUUGGAGCGUUCGUUGCGUGCCACAGAGCAGCAGUACCACAUGCAGCUACAAAAUCUAGAAGCUGAGAUUGAAUGCUUAGAGAAAGAGCUACUGGAAGUGAGAAGAAGUAUUGAGAAACAGCUUCAAGAGCAUGAAAUUCUCCUGAACACAAGGAUGAAACUGGAGGAGGAGAUAGCAACAUAUCGCAGUCUGCUUGAGCAAGAAGAGAACAGGUUUCGUUGCUCUAUACCUGACCAAAAGGAUGACAAAAAGCCCACCACUAGCAAGAUUGCCUUUACGCUGCCUUCAGUUGGUGUAGAAAAGCAUGAAACUGAGAAGGUGGAACUGAUGACAAAACAAGCAAUCCUGGAUGGAAAUAUUAUGAAGGAAAGCGCUGAAGCUCAUGGCACUGUACAGUAAGAUAAACAUGAAUUUAACAAAACAAGAA